AUGGACAGUGCUAAUGCCCAGCAGGACCAGAUCUCCAACAGCAACUCCAUCACCCAGUUCCUCCUCCUGGCAUUCACAGAUAUCAACGGCCUCAUCAUCACUGCCAUAACCUGUGACCACCACGUCCACCCCAUGUACUUCUUCCUCCUCAACCUCUCCUUCCUCGACCUGGGCUCCAUCUCCACCACUAUCCCCAAAGCCAUGGACAAUUCCCUGUGGGACACCAGGGCCAUCUCUGACUUGGGAUGUGCUGCACAGCUCUUUCUGUUUGUUUUUUUUAUCACAGCAGAAUUGUAUCUUCUUACUGUCAUGGCCUAUGACUGCUACGUUGCCAUCUGCAAACCCCUGCACUAUGGGACCCUCCUGGGCGUCAGAGCUUGUGUCCACGUGGCGGCAGCUGCCUGUGGCAGUGGGUUUCUCAAUGCUCUCCUGCACACUGCCAAUACAUUUUCACUACUGCUUGGCAAGGGCAAUGCUGUGGGCCAGUUAUUCUGUGAAAUUCCCCAGAUCCUCAAGCUCUUUUGCUCAGACCCCUAGCUCAGGGAAGUUGGGCUUCUUGUG